AUGUUGAGGUCUACUGUGCUGGCAGGUUUAUCUCUACUCAUCACUUUACUUCUGGCCUAUUCAGCAUUCGAUACCCCGACAAAGAUCUCCCCGCAAGGAUGUCGGAUGUCAUAUAUGUCUCCGUCUUAUGUGCUGCAGACCGGGUUCAACGCGUCGUGGACGUCUGCCAGCCUGGCGUCGCGGUACAGAUUGAUGCUGUAUCGCGAGGUUGGCUGGGAUUCGACCGAUGAGUUACGAGGAAUACCGGUGUUGUUCAUACCCGGCAACGCUGGUUCUGCCCAUCAAGUCCGCUCGAUAGCUUCGUCUGCUACGCGACAGUUUUACUCUUCGCCAUCGCACAUAAGUCCAGCCUUUGCCUCUCGCAACCUUAGACCAUUAGACGUUUUCGCAGUUGAUUUCAACGAAGACCUUUCCGCUUUCCAUGGACCAACACUUGCCUCUCAACGUCAAUACAGCGCCGAUGCUAUUUCAUACAUCCUUUCUCUCUAUCCUAAAGGAACUCAAAUACUUGUUAUGGGACACUCCAUGGGUGGUCUUGUCGCUACAACGCUUCUCCCAGCAUCACAUAUUUCCGCCGUCAUCACAAUGUCUACGCCACACAGCGUUCCUCCAGCUCGGUUUGACUCGCGCAUGGACGCAAUUUAUGCUGACGUCCAAGAUCGUCUGAUGCAUGACUCAACACCCAUCUUGAGUAUAUGUGGUGGGAUUACGGAUACCAUGAUUCCUUCAGAGUUCUGCACACUACCACCUAGUAAGGGCGAAGAUGCGGGAUUCAGGAAAACGGUGUUUACCAGCUCUUUAGAAGGAUGCUGGUCAGGAGUAGGGCAUCGCGAGAUGGUCUGGUGUCACCAAGUCCGUUGGCGCGUUGCACGAGCCUUGCUUGAGAUUGGAGGAGAGAACACGAAGGAUGGUAUUGCGCGUGUCCUUCGUGAUUGGUUCAGGGAUGGAAUUAGCUCUCCAAGACAUGAGCUCGGAGAGAACGAGCACGACGCAAUGGACUCACCGAAUCUGACUGCUGCAGCUGCUCAACUGGUCUCCCCGGCGUUUAUUUACCCACCGCUGGGAACCAGCUCUUACAAACUCCUCAUCCCGAAAAGCCGUGAUCCUCGAAAAGUCGUAUUCUAUCUAUCAGAAGGAACCAUCCUGUCUGUGUCUCCAGCCAACCCAUUACCUUUGAGCGCGAAACUCCAUAUAUGCCGUCAAACGGUCGCUGAAUCCAGUGAUCCUCCAAUUCCAAUCUGCAAUACCGUACAUCCGACCAGUCUCAGACUCAUCCCAAACCCGGAUUCGACCAAGCCAUUCCCUAUCCCAAAAGAAGGCGUUGAUGAAUCGGAAGGUGUUGUGGUACUUACAGCAGACUUACCACCAAAUUAUGGCGAGACAUUCGAGGAAUGGCUUCAAAUUGACGUGCAUAGCGAAACAAGUAGAGCUUGGGUUACAGCUUCAAUUGAAGACGCUCAACCAGUGAUGGGAUAUUUUAGUGCAUUUGUUCCUCUAUUCGGUGAUAUUGAAAUCCGCCUCGAUCCGAUGGUCUUAUAUACCGACAUACGGCUUGUCAACGUCCUCUCAAAUGCCCUCCUUGUGUAUCGAUCCCGUGUAAAAUUGAACAAGUCCUGCGAAGGCUCUGUUCUUCCUCCUCUUCUGUUGCACACUUCCGGACCUGUCGAAGCCCAUUAUCAUCGUUUAUCAAAUGAUGGAACCAACUUCUUGCACGGUCACUCAUCAGCACCUUUCCUUCCCAUUCCGAAAGAUCUCUCAGAGACAUAUUCUAGAGGGCUUAAUUUAACUAUUUACUCGUCAGGGGUGUGCGGUGUUGAGACUCUUUACAUAACGAUCGAUUGGUGGAACACCUUUGGGAGGUGGGGAGCCCGAUAUUGGAAUGCUGUCCUUACGUGGAGCGCGGGAGUGAUUUGUUUCUUAUUUUACUGGAGCUGGUCCAUGUGGGAUGCAAAUUCUUCGAUGCCGGCUCCUUCCCAGGCAUUAGAAUACGCCGCUCGCUUGCUUCCGCAAACAAUGCUGCUUUUCACGCUUAUCUCCUUCGUCCCAUUGCCGAGCGCAUAUUGGCUUGGGAAUGUCGGCGAACCGAUGUUUGCGCCCCUGGCCGCUCUCAUUCUCUUUGUGUCUUGCGGCCUGGUGGUCUUGUCCUGGAUUGGGCUCACAAGUAUUUUAUUACCUUACGGGAAGCUGGUAUCGUUCAUCACAAGAGCGCCCGAUGAUAAUUCGAAAGAGAAGCCCGCUUCACUGAGUGGAGCGCUGUUCACAAUUCUUUUCAUGAGCUUGCUCGUCUUCCUCUUCAUACCCUGGCAAGUCGCCUUUCUUGCCUGCUACUUAAUCCACUGGCAUCACUGUGCUCUCCUCCUACAAGUCUCCACCAGUAAUCAGACUCAAAUAAGCACACGUAACCAAAAGUUGUUAUUCUUACUUGGCAUGACGUGGUGCCUUCCCGUCGUCGCGCCUGUGCUGAUUGUGUGGGUACGCACGCUCGCAACCGCCGGUCUCACAACACCGUUUGACGGGGAUCAUGUCGCGCUUAAUUCCCUUUCAUUUGUGGCAUUGUCGUAUGCUAUGGCGACCACGCGAGGGCCUAUCUUUCAACGGCGGCAUAGGCUUGAAUUUAUCUCUGUCCCUUAUUUGUAUGCUCUCGGUGCGAUCGCUGCGUUCGUCCUUGGUCCAAGGUCGACGUACAGAAUGUACGAGGCGAUUAACUGGCCGACUUUUGCGCUUGUAUGUUUUCGAGUUGUUUCACGAUAUGUACGUGGUGCGGAACGGACCGCGUCUGCGCAUGCCGCCGAAGCUCGGGCAUUUUGAUACCGCGUCUAAUCUGUAUUUUUAUUUGAGCGACGGCGAGCGUACCGAAUCACCCGUCACGUCACGUAGGUAUCCCGGCGCCGUUUCCUUCGGACGAACAUCGGAACAUCAGAUUGCAGAAGCGCUGCUCGUAAACGCUGAAUUUAAAGCAGGAUUCGUGAUUACUUGGCACUGCUCGUCGUCGACUUAUUUAGCGCGGAGAAGAUGUAUGUGCUGGCAAUACACCUCUUCUCCAUCCCACAUGUAUUUCUCGAAUUUUGUUCUUGAUUGUGCGCGUGUAAGCCCAUACACCUCAAGCAGAAGGUAGACUGCAGAGUCGGAGAUUGUUGGCUGUAGAUCUAGGCGAUCAUGGAUUGUAAUGGCAACGAUCGGCAUCAACAGACUUUGUUCGACCACGACGGCGAGUUCUAGCCCGUCAGUUUCGGCAUACCGCACAGCAGCCCUGUUCGGUGUUCCCUCUAGACUAAUAUAAGCCGCACACUUUCCUUGCUGUCCCCAUUUUUUUCCGUCCACGUCGUCUCGUGUAUAAAUCACCACAGUCAUUUAAUAAACGCUCUUUCGCCCUAACUACCUCACAGCACUAGCAUUAGCACUUGCCACGAUGCACGCUACUUCCUUCCUGACAGUCCUUGCCACAGCUCUCGCUGCGUCCGCAUUCCAAGUAACAGAGCCCAAUGCCAACCAGGGAUGGGCAUCUACUGGAUCGAACACGCUCUCUUGGACGCGUGUUUCAACGGAUGCCACCAACUUCACUGUCUUCCUAACCAAUGUCGACCGAUCAGUACUACCACAGAACAACCAGCUUCUCGCGGCUUUCGUCGAUGCAACUACCGCGACUUCAGUCGUCAUUGAUGCUCCCUCCGGAGGUUUCCCAGUUGGCGGACACUACCGGGUAAACCUCGUCAAAAGCCAGACUGACCCGGCUAUCUUCGCCCAGUCGGAUGAAUUCAACAUCACAUCUGGUGCAGGCACUGCCACGGGCUCGACGGUCAGCUCUGGUUCUACUGCUACCUCUGCACCGUCUGGAUCGACUACGGGCACAGCGACUGGUACAGGUGUGACUAUUUCGAACUCGGCAAAUCCUUCUGGGACGACCGGAUCAGAUACAUCAUCAUCUACGGAUCUGAACCCAACGCAAUCCUCCAGCGCUGCAGGUGUGCACAAGGCUGAGUUUGGUCUACUGAGCGCGUUGUUGUUCCUUGGUGGUAUGCUUGCAUGAUCGUUCCAUCUUCGCAAUUUAUUCGCCUUUCAUUCUGGUUUACUGUUGUUGCUAAACUUUCUUGGGUUCAUCUCUCAAUAACUUGAAACAUACGUACGAUUAGCUCCUAAUUCAUGUCGCAAUGGCACAAUUUAUUAGUUAUGGACACAUGGACACAUUCUGAUUUGUACCGCGUUUGCUAUACUAGUAUCAUCAUUACUCGCAGAUCAAUACACGGUCAAACAGUCUUACUUCAC